AUAUAAAUUGUACUUAAUCCUUGCUCCCAAUUCCCAUUCCAUUUCCACACCACUAUUCCAGCAAGAAAGAAAAGCCAUGGACCUGGGUUAUGGCUAUCCCCCACAAGCAGUGGCAGGGAAAAAGAUCGACUCUAGCUAUGAUGUGCCAGAAGGAGUGGACAUUAGGGGAAGAUACGAUGCAGAGUUUGCUAAAAUUCUCACAAAAGAUGCUUUGAAAUUCGUUGCUGACCUGCAACGUGAGUUCAGAAACCACAUCAAGUAUGCGCUUGAGUGCAGAAAAGAAGCAAAGAGGAGGUACAAUGAAGGGGCUGUACCAGGGUUUGAUCCGGCCACAAGGUGCAUAAGAGAAGGGGAGUGGCUGUGUGCACCAGUUCCAGCAGCUGUUUGUGAUAGGAAAGUGGAGAUCACUGGCCCUGUAGAGAGAAAGAUGGUCAUCAAUGCUCUUAACUCUGGAGCUAAAGUCUUCAUGGCUGAUUUUGAAGAUGCACUCUCUCCCAGCUGGGAGAAUCUUAUGAGAGGCCAAGUGAACUUGAAGGAUGCUGUGUCUGGGACCAUAAGUUUCCAUGACAAGAACAGAAACAGAGUUUACAAGCUCAAUGAUCAGAUAGCUAAACUAUUUGUGAGGCCAAGAGGUUGGCACUUACCUGAGGCUCAUAUUCUGAUCGAUGGUGAACCUGCAACUGGUUGCCUUGUUGAUUUUGGCCUCUACUUCUACCACAAUCACUCAACCUUCAGGCGUACUCAAGGUGCUGGGUUUGGCCCUUUCUUCUAUCUCCCCAAAAUGGAGCAUUCAAGGGAAGCUAAGAUAUGGAACAAUGUGUUUGAGAGGGCAGAGAAGAUGGCACGCAUUGAAAGAGGAAGCAUUAGGGCCACUGUCCUAAUUGAAACACUUCCUGCUGUGUUUCAAAUGGAUGAAAUUCUGUAUGAGCUCAGGGAGCACUCUGUGGGUCUCAACUGUGGGCGCUGGGAUUACAUUUUCAGUUAUGUUAAGACCUUCCAGGCUCACCCAGAUCGCUUGCUGCCAGAUAGAGUCCUGGUUGGCAUGACUCAACACUUCAUGAGGAGCUACUCUGAUCUUCUCAUAAGAACAUGCCAUAGGCGCGGCGUGCACGCUAUGGGAGGAAUGGCAGCACAGAUUCCAAUCAGAGAUGAUCCAGCAGCUAAUGAGGCAGCAGUGGAACUGGUAAGGAAGGACAAACUCAGAGAAGUGAAGGCAGGGCAUGAUGGAACCUGGGCUGCACACCCUGGCCUAAUCCCAACUUGCAUGGAGGUUUUCAACUCCAACAUGGGCACUGCUCCCAAUCAGAUAAAAACAAUGAAACGUGAUGAUGCUGCAAGCAUAACUGAAGAAGACCUCUUGCAGAUACCGAGAGGAGCCCGCACGAUGGACGGUCUUCGCCUGAACACACGGGUCGGGAUACAGUAUGUCGCGGCGUGGCUAACCGGAGCUGGCUCAGUGCCUCUCUACAACCUCAUGGAGGAUGCUGCCACUGCUGAGAUUAGCAGGGUGCAGAACUGGCAGUGGAUCAAGUAUGGAGUUGAGCUGAAUGGGGAUGGGGUUGGAGUGAAGGUGAAUAAAGAGCUCUUUGGCAGAGUGGUUGAAGAGGAGAUGGCUAGGAUUGAAAGAGAGGUGGGCAAAGAGAAGUUCAAGAAGGGAAUGUACAAGGAAGCUUGCAAGAUUUUUACAAGGCAAUGCACAUCCCUUGCACUAGAUGAUUUUCUCACUCUGGAUGCCUAUAAUUCUAUAGUCAUGCAUCAUCCCAGGGAACAGUCAAAGCUUUGAAAAGUGUGAAUUGGUUCACUGUGCCUUGUAGUUUGUUGUUUUGUAGCAAGUCUUUGAGGUGUAAGCUGAGUUCCCUCUGUCUUUUUAUCACUUCAUAGGUUAUGGAAGGACUUAGGUUUCAUUACUAUGCAUAAAAGAAGAGAAUAAAGUUCUUGAUUGUGGUUA